GCGGGGGGGGGGGGGAGCCGGAGAAAAAGCUCGAUUUCGAUUCGCUGCUCUUCUCCACCAAUUCGCCGCGGAGGCCAUCGCAGCUCAAGUGAGGAGUGAAGAAGCUCGGGAUCUCAGCCGAGCGCGCAAGAUGGCUGACCCAGAGUUGGAAGCUAUAAGGCAGAGGAGGAUGCAAGAGCUAAUGGCACAGCGUGGUGGGGCAAAUCAGCAAAAUGCAGGACAACAAAAAGCUCAGGAAGAUGCAAAGCAGGAAGCUGAGGAACGCCGACAGAUGAUGCUUGCUCAGAUAUUAUCUUCUGAAGCCAGAGAAAGGCUCUCCCGCAUAGCUUUGGUCAAACCUGACAGAGCAAGAGGGGUGGAGGAUGUUCUCCUGAGAGCUGCUCAAACUGGUGGAAUAUCUGAAAAGGUGUCUGAAGAAAGGCUUAUUUCACUUCUGGAGCAAAUUAAUACUCACACAAGCAAGCAAACCAAAGUUACGAUUCAGAGGCGUCGAAGUGUCCUUGACGACGACGAUUAGCUGCGACCUGCAAGCUUGCUACAUGAGUGUAUGAUGAGCUGGUGACGGACUAAGAGCGUUGCUGAACUGUUUGCUUAAAAAUGAUGACCCGAUAUAACUAUCAAAGACCAUCAAAACUCGGUAGACUAUUUGAUGGAUCCUUGGUUGUAUAUGAUCCGAAGUCUAUUUGAUGUCUCCAUUGAGGACAGUCAAGAUAUUGGCUGUGUUUGUGUCCCUGAAUCGCUUUAUUCUUCCUAAGUUAUGGGUGCUUGGAUCCAA